AUGGCCGAAGACAACAGAAAAUCCAUUGUGGAAGAUGUCUUCAUUCCCAAAGAACUCCUCACAACUGCCAGAUUCAACUCACCCUGGGAAUUGGCUCGAUGGGAACAAUCUCUCCCCGAUAACAAUCGUAUAGCACUUACAGAGCCUCGCACCUCUUCCAAUCGUCCAGUGAGUCUUUCGGCUUUGCGAGCAGUGGCAAGACCAAAGUCUGCAAUUCGAUCUCGUGGACGCAGUGAUCCUCCUGCUUUUCAAGAUACCUUCGACUACUUUGCAAAGCCUGCCACAUUCGAGCCCGCCUCUCCAAUCCCUGAAAAAGAACCAAUAACGCCAGUUCAGAAUGCAUUCCUCAAUCGCCAACCACUCAGCAAAGUCAACUCUCAGACAAUCAGCAGCGAGCAGAGCAGCCUGCAAGAAGUCUAUGAAAAGGCUAAAUUAAGAGGCGUUGCCAUCCAACGAAAGUACUGGGUGCGGUUAUUGUUUGAAUACAGUAUCUAUGCAUUCCUCGUUCUAUUCGUCUACUUUGUCCUUGUUGGUAUGCCACUUUGGAAAGGUGCUGUCUGGUGGAUGUACUAUCUUGUCCGAACCAAGUUCGUUAUCGAAGGAGGAUACGCAAUUAUCAUUGGUCUGGCUGCACUGUAUGCAUUUUGUCCUCUGAUGAUCCUCUUCGAGAAGGAUCCUCCUCCCCUGAACUCUGAAUCACAAUCCCCAGACCUGGAAAGCAACAUGUCCAAGGUAAACUCAACCGCUCUCCUUAUCCCCUGCUAUAAAUCAGCAGCAAUCAUCGGUGCAACCCUCGAAGCUGCCUUAAAAAUCUUCCCCAAAGAAAACAUCUUCGUCAUAGCAAAUGGCAACUCCAAAACUCCCCUCGACAACACAGAAGAAAUUUGCAAACCCUACGGGGUAAACCACCUCUGGGUACCCAUCGGUUCAAAGAUUGUAGCACAGUUCGUCGGCAGCCACGCAGCCAGAGACUUCGAAAACGCUCUCUUAAUUGACGAUGACUGCCUCCUACCUCCAAACUUCCCAAUUGUCAGCGACAGACUCAAAAAUACCGUCAAAUGUCUUGGAUAUACAAUCAAAAGUGUCGGUCCCAAUUCCUCAAAGGGAACAUCCUGUCAACAAGCCCAAGACCUCGAGUACAAAAUGUCCGGUAUCCAGCGUGCUUUUUUCGGGAAAUUUGGAAGUGCUACAUUCCCCCACGGAGCUAUCUCGCUCUGGAAUAUCGAGUUUCUCAAACAGACCUUCCAUGAACAUCCCGGGUUCUCCGUAUCAGAGGAUUGGUUCUUCGGUGAUGCAUGUCGACGUUUGGGUGGACGUAUCACUAUGUGUUCACAGGUCUUUGUUGAAACAGAGACGCCAGCUUCUGUGUUUUACAGUGGUUCUGGUGGUAGUCGUGGUGGGUUCGGCGAGAUGACUGUACUCCAACAACGGUUUAAGCGGUGGAACUUCUUCUUCGUCGUUGGUGUAUACUACGAUUUGAAAUAUAUUUUGACUAGCUGGAAGUUGGGUUGGUGGGAAUUCGGUGCGAAGUUAUGUGUUUUUCAAGAGGUCUACGAAACCCUCAUCUAUCUCUUCGCUCCCUUCAUCCUCCCAAUCUCAUUUAUAGUCCGACCCUCAUUCUGCGGAAUGUUACUCGGCGUCACGAUCGGGAUGUAUAUCCUCAACGUAAUAAUCUUUAAUGAGAUCCACCUCCGAUUAAAGAAAGAGCGCAUCGACUGGAAAGUGCUGUUGUUCUACUACACAUUCUACAAGAUUGUGUUAACCUUCAUCAAUGUGGUUAGUUGCUACUGGUCGUUGUACAAGUAUGCGCGGUACUUUGCACAACGACACCCAAAGGUCAUUGAGGACCGGGAUGCGGUUGAGGUGUUACUUAGUCUUGAGAAGGAUUCGAAUUCGAGGAGGACAUCGGUUGAAGAUGAUGUUGUUCCGCUUGAUGGUGUGCUCGGGAGGGGCGUUGGGAGGAAGUUGACACUGACAAAAGUUAAGGCUGGGAAGAGGGGGGAUAGUGAAAAGGGUGGGUGGAUUUGA